AAUUGGAAUAUCAUUAACACGGCUUGUUAAACAGAAGCUCUCACUGCACUAAAAACCACAACUUGGCAAACAAUUAUAUUCUUACACCAGGUGGUUUCUGCCUCCAACACAUUUCUCAGCAAGGAUUCAAGUCUCCGGGACAAUGCUUGCUAUGUGGAACCUAAUAUUUCUGGCAGUCAUUCUGCAGAGGAAAAAUUGUGAUUGUGCUCGUAUUGUAGGAGGUGAGGAAGCUCGCUCAACUCCGUAUAUGGCUUUAGUGAGAACCCCUGGAAAAACUUUUUGUGGAGGCGUAUUGAUUAAGCCUGACUGGGUAUUAACAUCUGCAGAGUGUUUUGUAGAUAAGACGACAACUGUUGAUCUUGGGGUUCGCUCUAUCAAGAAUAUAAAAGACAAUCAAAGACAGCAAUUUAAAGUUGUGAAAAUAAUCGCACAUGAGAAAUUUAAUAAAGAAAAGCAUGUUAAUAACCUCCAGCUUUUGAAGCUUUUAGGUAAAGUGAAUAUAACCAAGGCUGUCAACACGGUCCUUUUUCCUGAGAAAUUUGCUGAAGUUAAGCCGGGCAGUGUCUGUACCAUCGCUGGAUGGGGCAGGACUGACAAUAAAAAACCCAACCCUGCCGACAAGCUGAUGGAGGCUAGAGUGACCGUCAUAGACAGGAAGACGUGUGCUUCCCAGUGGAAACCAAGCGUGAAGAUUACAAAGGACAUGAUGUGCACCAAUGAGAAGGGUGCUGUAAGGGGUUUCUGCAAUGGUGAUGCCGGAGGACCAAUUAUCUGCGGAGGCUUCCUAAAAGGUAUUAUUUCUUUUGGACCCAUGCUGUGCGGGACUUCAAGUGGAGCUGAUGUCUACACCCGUCUUACUAAAGACUACAUGAAAUGGAUUAAAAAAAAGACCAAGGGAAUGCUAUAGCUUUUCAUUUUUUUGGGAUGUGAGACUGUACCAGUGUUUUCUUGUUUUAAGAACCUCAAAGGUUAGAACAAGCUAUCCCUGAUCCAUUGAAUGCAGAACACCUGUUAGAUCGAUGGGGGUCUAACUACUGGGACUCCCCCCCAACUAUGAGAACUCAGGUCCUGUGUCUCCUGUUUAAAUGGAGCGAUGGUCAAGCUUGCUCAUUGCUGCUCCACUGAAAGUGUAAGGGACUACUGGAGAUGGGCAAAGGCUGUACUCGGCUAUCUUUCUGGCAGUCCCAUAGAGAUUAAUAGAGUGGCAGUGCGCAUGCUUCACCGAUUAAUCCAUUCAUACAGGGGCAUUCCUGAAGCCCUUUUCUCAGGAAUGUGCAGCUCAUGACACCCUUGUGGCACCUAUUAAUACAGGGGCAAAGAACCCCCAUUCUCGUGAACAAUGGAGUCCAAUUGGUCGGAUCCCCAUUUUUCUAACAGUUGUACCCUAUUAAGUAGGGACAACUUGAUCUAACUAGAAUAACUCUUUAACUAUCUUGGAUUAUGCUACUCACAUCUACAGUAGUUUUCUUCUACUCUUUAGUUUUAUCAUCUUUAAUUAUGUCAUUGAAGAUGAUGCCUGUGCAUUCCUGUUGCAAUAAAAUAAGAAAUUAUUAAAUGUGUUGAA